GAAUACUCUCCAGACCCUCCUAAGGGUGCUGAUGUUUAACUUUAUUGAUUCAAGUGUUAUAAAAAUUUAAUAGUCUUGGGCCUGACAUUUUGCACAGUUCUAUACGCUGGUUGUCACUGUUCUGGAAACACUGGUUUAUGUGCCUUUUAAAAGGGGGUCACUAGAUGAGCUAAUUUUGUAUCAUCGUAGUUUACCUCCCUUUGUUUAAUCCUUUUCUUGUAUUCUUUGGCUGUGGGUUGGACCUUGAGUCUGAUAAUCUAUAAUGGUAAUCCAGACAUGGUUGAGCAGCUGUGCAAGGCAAAUGUACCGUAUCAUAUUAAAAAAUGUCACCCUUAUUUUGAAGGCAGGUCGGUAGUCCGCCCUCUUUUGUUCUGUGCUCUUCAUUUUUUCGAUUUACCGUCAAGUUUGGGCUGCCUGCUGUAAGCCUUGUUGGAACAAAGUGGAAUUUCUUCCAGAAUCCUAUCCGGUGACACGCCUAAAUUGGCCAUUUCGCCUCUGGGUCGAGAUGAGGGAUAUCAGAGCUAGCUGCCGUUCAAGCUAGCAGUAGCAACCGGCCGACGUCGAUGAAGGUACGGCAGGGAUGUAAACUCUGGAGAAGCUUGCCGAACAAUAACGUUGCCUUCAUGACAUUGGAGACAUCAAUCCGACGUAUACUUCCGCAUUCAAUUGACCUGAACGGCAAGUGUUGCGGAACCAAUAUCGGGAGAGGAGCGUUCGCUAAUUUCAUUCGUUUUAAACAAGAUAAAAGUAUUUUUGACAAUUCCUGGAGAAACCAUGGCAUCUGUGGUAGGAAGAGCAUGGGGCUGGCUGCGCUCUUGGAGGAGCAAUGGCCUGCCGGAUCCAACUAAAGUUGAGGACCAAAAGCUGAAUGGCUCCAGUGGAAGUACCGGUGAUACAAGAGGAUUAGGUCGACAGAAUACUCCAGGAGAGGAUGAGUACUGGGAAGCUCAGGAGAAGCUACAACCUUUGGAAAUUGAAGAUCUCGGCGCCGGGAAACAAGAGUCGGAGACCGCCGUCGAACGCCUUCCGAGAUGGUGGAAUAAAUAUCUCCCUACGUCUUUCUUACCAUGGUCAAGAAAAGCACAGCCGACCGGAGCCAAGCAUCCGAAACAUCACGGCAAGAGUGGCGACGGGGAAUUUGACGGGGACUUUUCAGACUACGGCACACCUCCUCCUUCACCGACGCCAGGUUCCCAGCUGCCGUCGCCCUUUCGACUGUUUGUCCACAGCUGGAAUGUGGAAUUGUUUCCGGAGCACUACGAGAUCUGCUUUAACUUCCUCCGCCAUCUCUUCGACCUGUUCGUGGUGGGAUUCCUCUGGAUCGUGUCGCCCCCCGUCAAGCUGAUCCUAGAAAUUCUGGGGAUCCAGGGACCGCUCAGGCUCUGGCUACACGGCAUGGCCAUGUUUUUUGUAUCCACGGUGGGAAUGGCCGGACUCCUCUGGCUGAUCCAAGAGCAUCUCCCGGAGUUUGCUUUUAUCUACGGUAUCGUGCAAGCAUUAGUGAUCUCUGUCAGCCUAAAAAAGAGUGUUCUCCUUGGAUUGGAUGACGAAAACUCACAAGUGGAGGAGGAGGAGAACAGAGAAGUUGAGGUGACGGAUGAAGAUGGGAAAGAAAUGUUUUGCGCAAGUGGCAAAAUGAAGACAAGUUAAGCUUGGGUCUGUGCGUCUACUGGUGAUUGAGGAUGUGGAGGCUAUCUCCUCUUCUGAGACUCCCAAGGGGACCAUCCGCCAGACUGUGUUCCAGCAAGCCUUCCGAACGACCUGCCUCCAAGUCAACCUGUCCAUCUCGUCUUCAAAGUGAGAAACAGAGGCGGAAAAAACAGAGGGAGAAGGCCAUUCUAUCACCUCAAUACACUACUGCUGAAGAGGACAUUUUAAAAUGGAGCGAGAAGGAACGAAUUCUCUACACGGCACACACACCGCCUGGAGCAAAGAAAGACACAAACCUGCCAUUCCCAUCUGCGUACAGCCCAGAUUUUGUGGAAUCCGCAUGGUAUCAGUGGUGGGAAAAGGAAGGAUUCUUCAGCCCCGAGCACCAUGAUGUUCAAAAAUCAUCUCAUGCUGUAGAUCAGAACUUCUCUUUGUGCAUCCCACCGCCGAACGUGACCGGGACUCUGCAUCUGGGCCACGCCCUAACUGUGGCAAUAGAAGACGCUUUGGUUCGAUGGAAAAGGAUGCGGGGCCACAGAGUACUAUGGGUUCCUGGCUGUGACCAUGCUGGUAUAGCAACACAGAGCGUGGUGGAGAGGAUGCUGCUUCGAGAACAAGGGAAGCACAGGCAAGACUUGACAAGAGAAGAAUUUUUGCAGGAAGCUUGGAAAUGGAAAAACCUGAAAGGAGAUGAGAUAUAUCAACAGCUAAGAAAACUUGGUGCUUCCUUAGACUGGAGUAGAGCCUGUUUUACCAUGGAUAAAAAUUUCAGUGAAGCAGUAACGGAGGCCUUCGUCCGCCUGUGCGACGCCGGUCUGAUCUAUCGUUCGGAGGGUCUGGUCAACUGGAGCUGUGCUUUGGAGUCCGCCAUUUCAGACAUAGAGGUGGAUUCCAAGGAACUAUCCGGGAAAACUAUGCUGUCUGUACCUGGUUAUGAAGAAAAAGUGGAGUUUGGAACCAUGCUCACCUUUGCCUAUCCAAUAGAUGGUCACGGUGGAGAGAUAAUGGUUUCAACAACUCGUCCGGAGACUAUGCUGGGAGACGUUGCUGUCGCUGUUCACCCCGAUGACCCUCGAUACCUGGAUUUUCAUGGAAAGAAAUGCCGCCACCCCUUCAAUGACAGACUGCUCCCGAUCGUCACUGAUGAAACUGUCGACGUGGAGCUCGGCACAGGUGCAGUGAAAGUUACUCCUGCUCACGACCGCAACGACUUUUUACUCUCACAGAGACACGCUUUGCCUUGCGUCACUGUAAUUGGAGGAGAUGGGAAGAUGACGUCGUUCUGUGGACAAUGGCUAGAGGGAGUGAAGCGUUUUGAUGCCAGACGGCUGGUAGUAGACGCUCUGGUUGAAAAAAAGCUAUUCAGAGGAAAGAAGGAGCAUGCCAUGACCCUACCUAUUUGCAGCCGCUCGGGGGAUGUCAUCGAACCUCUUUUAAAGAAGCAAUGGUUUGUUCGCUGUCAAGGAAUGGCUCAAAAAGCUAUACAGGCUGUGGAGGAUGGUCAGCUGGAAAUCAUCCCUCACUUUUACAGCAAAACAUGGAAGAACUGGCUAUCCAACGUUAGCGAUUGGUGCAUUUCCAGGCAGCUGUGGUGGGGGCAUCAGAUCCCUGCUUACAGAGUGGACUUUCCUCAUUCCGCUGACGACAGACGAGAGGAGCGGUGGGUGUGGGGAAUGAACGAGGAUGAGGCUCGUCGCAGAGCUUCGCUCAAAUACGGAGUGAAACCACAAGACGUCAUUUUGACUCGGGACUCCGAUGUUCUGGAUACCUGGUUCUCCUCUGCGCUGUUUCCUUUCGCCAUGCUGGGCUGGCCUCAACAGACGAAAGAUUUUCAGCGAUUCUACCCAAAUUCCAUCCUGGAGACGGGCAGUGACCUUCUCUUCUUUUGGGUGGCCAGGAUGGUCAUGCUGGGUACAGAGCUAACGGGCAAGUUGCCGUUCAAACAGGUUCUGCUUCACUCUCUCGUGAGGGAUAAACAUGGUAGAAAAAUGAGUAAAUCCCUGGGAAACGUGAUCGACCCCUUGGAUGUUACAAAUGGAGUCUCCUUGGAGAUGCUCCAACGGAAAAUUAAGGAGGGGAACCUUGACCCCAGAGAGCAAACGGUUGCCACGGAAGCUCAGAGGAAAGACUUUCCGAACGGGAUCCCUCAGUGUGGGACUGACGCUCUCAGAUUUGCCCUUUGCUCUCACAAAAUGACGGGAGAAGACAUCAGUCUAUCUGUCUCUCAGGUCCUGAGCUGUAGACAUUUCUGUAAUAAAAUAUGGCAGACGCUGAGAUUUACUUUGGGCGUUCUGGGUGACAACACGACACCAAUGGGGACGCUGGAGGAGACAUCUGAUUUGAGCAGCAUGGAUGGAUGGAUCUGCUCCCGACUGUACAGGACAGUGGCACAAGUAGAGAAGGCCUUUGAGGAAUACGAGCUGCAUACUGUCACUGCUGCUUUGUACUCUUUCUGGGUACACAACCUGUGCGAUGUCUAUAUGGAGAGUGUGAAACCUGUACUACUUCAGCAAAACCAAGGAACGCCGUCCGGCGGCAAAGCGAGAGCCACGGCAAGUGUUGUCCUGUAUCACUGUGUAUCUGUGUCUCUGGCCCUCCUCUCGCCCAUCAUGCCAUUCCUGACUGAAGAGCUGUGGCAGAGACUCCAGCCAUUCAGACCUGAAAGUCAAGCCCAGAAGAGCCUUUGUCUUCAGCCUUACCCCCGCUCUUCUCAACUGAAACACUGGCAUUUCCCAGAAGAGGAAGAGGCUUUUCUCCUGGUCCAGGAAGUGAUCCGGGUGGCACGCUCCCUUAGGGCACAAUGCGGUUUGACCAAAGAAAAGCCUGAAAUGUGGGCGGUAUGUUCACCUAAUCAGUCCCAGAUUCUCCUUCACUUUGGAUCUGCCGUUUGGACUUUGAGCCGAGUCUCCCGCAUCAACAUCCACUGUCCUGAAGCGCCUCUCUCCACGGCCCCGCCCGAAGGCUGCCUCGUCGGUGUUGUGGACCACACGUGUCAGCUGCACCUUCCUCUUCAGAGUGCUGUGAAAAUUGACAAACAAAUAGCCCAGCUCACCCGACGUAAAAGCAAGCUGGUCUCCAAGCUGAACGAGAGCCUCUCCAAAAUCCAAUCGCCAGACUUCCCGACAAAGGUCCCGGCACACAUCAGGCAACAGAUGGAGAGUAAGACGUCAGCCUUUCGAGCAGAGUUGAAGACUAUUGAAGAUCAGCUGAAAGCGCUGCAAAUGACGGCGACUCCCACAAGCGAUUCUAAUAAUGAGCUCGAUCAGUGUCGCACACACAGUUCCUAAGGGCGCAUCCUUUUAAAACAAGAAAAUCAUGACAUCAUAGGAAAAUGAACUGUAAUGAAUUAUAUAUACCUUGUGAGUAUCAAAUCCCAGAUUAGUAUGAUUGUAUGUGUGUGAUGUGUACAACAGAUAUGUUUGCAUUAUUAUUAUUAAUAUUUGGAUUGUAUGUGAAGACUGUGCACAUUGGCAGUUGCUGUCAGACGGCAUUUCCUCCUCAAUGGUAUUUUUUUCUUAGCACCGUUCAAAAGUUUGGGGUCACUUCGAAAUUUCCUCCUUUUUGAAAGAAAAGCACAGUUUUUUUUCAAUGGAAAGAACAUUAAUCAGAAAAACACUAGGGUACAUAUAUGAAAAAGACUCCUUGAUGUCUGCCAUUUCUGCAUCGCGAUCCUUGUUAUAUUACCAUGUUUCACCCAUAAAAUCCCCAAAAAAUCCAGCUGUGGUGAUUCACAGCUGUGUCUUGAAACUCAGUGGUACAUGCAACAUAGUUUUUUGGAUCAAAACAAAGUACGUACGGGAUAAUAUCUUGUUAAAGUCAUGGCAUCUUUAAUUCUGCUCUUCAACCCAUAAGCGGAUUUUAAGGGAGGGCCGGGGAAGCCAGCCCCCCCCCCCUCCCCACCCCCGGUGGCCGAAAAGUGCCAUUGCUUGAAAUUGGCUUUCCUGUAUAUAUAAAAGUUGUAAAGCAAUAAAACCGCAACAAAAAUGAAUGAAAUGAACACAAAAAAAAAUGAUUGGGUCAAAAUUAUUUUUCGAACAGAUCAUUUGACUAGCAGCUUAGACGGUCAUUUACUUUGCAUAUAAUUUUCAACAACAACAAAAAAUAGAGGGAGGGCAAUUUUAUUUUUCAAAUGAUUUUUUUCUUUGAUUGAUUAAAUGACUUAGACACAAAUAUCCUACCCAUAAUAUGGGCCAAACAUAAAAAGGAUUGUUUCAAUCAAAGCAAAUUUUUUAAUGCCAAAUAUUUUUUGCAUUCAAAAACGUUUUCUAUGAUUGAAAUUUUUCGAAAUCGAAAAAUAACUUUCACACAUUUCAAAUUUAUUUUUGCAUUCAAACACAUUUUUUUUUUUUUUGAUUGAAGCGACUUGUUUUGAUUGAAUAAUAAAGACACAAAUCUACCUCCAUAUGGCUUCACCCAGGGGAUACAAUUUUUGACUUGGGUAACCACAUUGGCACAACACCGGCGGGCGUACCAUAUUCAAUGGGUGACGAUCUUGGUAAAAAGUAUUGCCUAAGCAGCCUGAUUUAGAAUUCCCCUCAAGAAUGAUGGGAAACGAAAAACGCUUAUUGUAAACUUAUUAUUAUAAAUAUUUUUGUAAGUUAAUUUUAUUGCUGACACUGCGUUUCGGGGUCAUCAAAAUGUUGUGCCCCCCACUGUCCAAAAAGUCAAACUCCGCCUAUGCUCUCACCUCCAGUUAGGGUUUUGCUGUUUUAUUUAUUUAUUUUUUUAAAUGCCCUCCUGUUCAAAAAUUUCUUCCCCCAGAAAUUUAGAUUUUAAGCUUUCCAAUGAUGUAUCACACGUGCAUAUUGGACAGUUUUGAAAGUUGGCCAAAUUGGGGAUCCUAGAG